AUACACAUCCGGGUCCGGGAGCGCUGAGCAUAUGCAUUUCCUCUGCACGCUGACAGCUGCAGCAGUUUCUUUGGCCCUUGCAAAGGUGUAAACGAACUGGCGCUUUUCUGUCAGGGAGCACCCAUCUCUAGCCGUGCCCCUAUAUGGUGAAUGCAGCAUAUAACUGGCACUUAUUAAUUAGAGAGCGGUAGGGGGUCCCUGGCUUGGGGGGGAGGGAGAAUGCCUGGACGGAGGGCAUAGCUCUGUGGGCGCCAUACAGGAUCAGACUGGGGGGCUCCCUCUUGGGGAAGAGUAGAUGUAAGUGUAGCUGGGGGGCCAUGGCAGGAGGGACGGUCUUGGUGCAGGGAGCCAGCAGGGGACUCGGUCUGCACUUCUGCAAACACAUUUUAUCCGCACGGAAACAGGCGAAAGUGAUCGCUACCUGCAGGAACCCCGAAGCAGCCAGCGCCUUACAAGCGCUGCACGGGCUAUAUGCUCAGAACCUCACGGUGCUGCGGCUGGAUGCCACUCGGGAGGCAGAGAUCCGGGAUGCAGCAGAAGCAGUCGCGAAGGAGCAUGGUCAUUUGGAUCUACUCAUCAACUCUGGGGCAAUGUUGCACCCCAGCGCCAGAGGAGAGACGAGCCUGCGGGAGAUCUCAGCGGAGGGUCUUUCCAUAACAUUGGCAACAAAUACCAUAGGGCCCUUAGUGAUGGCUAAAUAUUUUGCCCCUCUAUUGCGGAAAGGAACUGGAGCAUUUGGAGAUCAGUUUCCUGACCAGGCCAAACAGCAUACGGCCAUACUGGUGAACCUGACAGCUAAAGUGGGCUCCAUAGGAGAUAAUGCCUUAGGUGGAUGGUAUAGCUACAGGAUGUCUAAAGCAGCUUUGAACAUGGCUACCAAGAAUCUCAGCAUUGAACUUGGAAGAGGGAAAACUAAAGUGGUAUGUGUUUGUUUGCAUCCAGGAACUGUGGACACUGACUUAUCAAAGCCUUAUCACAGAAAUGUUCCCAGGGUCAAACUCUUCACCCCAGAAUAUUCAGUUAAUUGUCUAAUGAAUAUUAUUGAGAAACUUGAUAUGGGGAAAACAGGAAAGUUCUUUGCUUGGGAUGGAUCUGAACUACCUUGGUGAAGAUUUGUUUUAAUGUAGCUGCUCUGGUACCAUAGAGAUGAGAGCAGUAUAAAUAACUAGCUAGAGUAAAGCUUUUAGUAAAUAUUUUGUUGUGGUGUAUUAUGGGGGUAUCCAGAAGAUAUGAGAUUUUAAUCCCAACUAUGUCAAUGACUUGCUGUAUGACUUUGAGCAAACCUCUCUGUGCCUCUAAUUCACUAUCUGGUAAAUGGGAAUAUUACUUUCCAACCUCAGGGCUCUUGUGAAGCUAGAUUUAUUAAUGUUUAUAAAAGGUUUUAAGAGUCACUAAGAAAGGUGCAAAAAAGUGU